AUGUGUGGGUUCACCGACGAGGAAAAUAUAGUUCGUUUGCAGCGAAGUUUAAAGGGUCGAGCAUACGAGGCGGUAAAAUGUCUGCUGAUGCAUCCUUCCAACGUCAAUGGAGUUAUGUCGACACUGAAGAUGCUGUUCGGGCAACCUGAGGUGAUUGUCAACUCGAUGAUGUCGAAGAUCAACUCCCUACCAGCGCUGAAAGAGGAUAAACUGGAAACACUCGUAGACUUUGCCGUCAACGUCGAAAAUUUCUGUGCGACAGUGGACGCGUGUGGACUGGAGGAGUACCUCUACAACGUGACCUUUCUCCAUCAACUCGUCAACAAGCUGCCUUCUUCCAUAAAGCUGAAUUGGGCACAAUACAGGCAAUCGCUUCCGAUGGUCAACCUUCCGUCGUUCAGUAGCUGGCUGUAUUCUCUAGCAGAGGCUGCCAGCGCGGUGAUCAUUCCCAACAACGGUUUCGAUCCUAAACCUGUUCGAAACGAUAUUCGUGGAAAUAAAAAAGGGAACUUUGUCAAUGCACACACUGAGGAAUCGCCAUCGGAUCAUCGCACCGCGGCAUCAUCCAACGCGAAAGUGGUCCAUGAUAGCUGCCCCGUAUGCAAGGGAACCUGCAAGUGGAUCGCCAAAUGCAAGAGCUUCAUAGAGUUCUCCCGUGAUUCACGCUGGGCUACGGUACGAGACCUCGGCCUAUGUCGGAGAUGCCUACGCCGGCACAAUGGAGGAUGUCAAGCCAAGCUAUGUGGAAAGAAUGGGUGCGAGUUGAAGCACCACGAGUUGCUGCACAACGAUCAGAAGAACACGUCGUCAUCCACGAAUACGUCAUCCAAUACCACGAACAAAUCUACAUCAACUCAGCGCAACGACCCUGCUCAACCAGGAAAUAGUACGUCCGGGCACGGCUGCCAUACUCAUCAGGUUACGUCCAGUCAGGUUCUUUUCCGCUACUUACCGGUCGUACUUCAAGGAAAACACGGUUCGAUCCAGACAUUCGCCUUCCUGGAUGAUGGGUCGGCGCUCACACUUCUCGACAAAGAGCUAGCCGAUGAGCUGCAGCUUGAAGGGGAGCCAAAGCUUCUGUGUUUGCACUGGACAGGAGGAGCGCAACGACGAGAAAACAGUUCGAGAGCAGUCAGUCUGGAUGUGGCGGCAGCACAUCAUCCUUCCAAGAAGUACACCUUGAACGGCGUGCGCACAGUAAAUGAACUUCUGCUUCCAUCGCAAACGCUCAACGUAGAGGAACUUCGUAAACUGUAUCCUCAUCUAAAGGAUUUGCCGAUUGCUUCGUAUCAAGAUGUUCGGCCGAGAAUCCUGAUCGGUAUGAAGGAUCAACACCUCAGUCUAGUCCUGAAGAGCCGAGAGGGUAUACGAAACCAACCGAUCGCCGUGAAAACCAGACUAGGCUGGACAGUUUGCGGAGGAGGAAACCAAGACGAUGCCAGUAAUCUGGUGCACUCAGUUUUCCAUGUGUGCCCAUGCGAAUCACAAACGGAUGAGGAUCUACACAAGGCGAUGAAAGAAUAUUUUGCAAUUGAUAGCUUGGGAGUUGCGCAGCCGAGAAGAGCGCUUUUGUCUGCAGAAGAUGAACGAGCUAAGUCCCUGCUGGAAUCUCGCACCGUGUUCAAAGGAGACCGUUACGAAACCGGCCUGUUAUGGCGCUACGACAAUAUUCGUCUACCAGAUAGUCGCCCGAUGGCUCUACGCCGGCUACAGUGCCUCAAGAAGCGAAUGGACAAGGACCCAAAGCUCGCUGAAACGCUGCAUCAGAAAAUCGCCGACUUCGUCACGAAAGGAUACGCCAGAAGACUCACCGACGAGGAACUAAAACAACCAUUGCAACGGGUUUGGUAUUUGCCUACAUUUCCGGUGACCAACAUCAACAAGCCGGGAAAGAUCCGAAUAGUUUGGGACGCAGCGGCCUCCGCGUGUGGAGUAUCGUUGAAUUCAGCUCUACUGAAAGGUCCGGAUCAGCUCUGCGAACUGUACACUAUCCUGAUUCAGUCUCGAGAAGGCCGAAUCGCACUUACUGGAGAUGUGCGCGAGAUGUUCCUGCAAGUCCUCAUGCGUUUGGAAGAUCAGCAUUGCCAACGAUUCUUCUGGUUCGAUGACGACGGUAACAUUGUUGUCUACGUCUUACAGGUGAUGACGUUUGGAGCCUGUUGUUCUCCUAGCAGUGCCCAGUAUGUCAAAAACCUGAACGCCGAGCGCUUCAAGGCAGAAAAUCCAGCGGCAGUUGAAGUGAUUCAGAAACGCCACUACGUUGACGAUAUGCUGGUUAGUGUUGAAACCGAAGAUGAAGCUAUCCAACUUGCUCAACAAGUGAAGAAGGUGCAUUCGAAAGGCGGAUUCGAGAUCCGUAACUGGAUUAGCAACUCUAAGCGUGCCGUGGAGGCUCUACAAGAGGAACACACGGAAGAGAAGAACCUCGACCUGUCGCCAGAACUAGCAACUGAGAAAGUGCUCGGAAUGUGGUGGUGCACUGACUCGGAUACUUUUACGUACAAAGUAGGAUGGACUCGCUACGGACAAGCGCUUUUGGAAGGUAAACGACAUCCAACGAAGAGAGAGAUGUUACGCGUUCUCAUGUCCAUGUUCGAUCCACUCGGACUGAUCGCGCACUUCCUCAUGUACUUGAAGGUUCUGCUUCAGGACGUAUGGCGUUCCGGAAUCGACUGGGACGACGAAAUCGAUGAUGCUCUCUUCGACAAGUGGCAAACAUGGCUGCAAGUACUGCCACAAGUUGAACAAAUCAGCAUUCCUCGAUGCUACCGCACACGAACCACUCCAGAUUGUGAAGAUAUCCAGCUCCACACGUUUGUAGACGCUGGUGACAACGGGAUGGCUGCGGUCUGUUAUCUACGCUUCGCUCAAGACGACGUAGUGGAAUGCCGAUUGGUGGCUGCUAAAACCAGAGUCGCUCCGUUGAAAUUUCUAUCCACUCCUAGAUUAGAACUUCAAGCAGCAUUGGUCGGCGCCAGGCUAGCUCGCUCCGUAUCGAAUGCCCUCUCAGUCCGAAUCUCCUGUUGCUACUACUGGUCGGACUCGCAAGAUGUACUGUGCUGGAUUAAUUCCGACCAUCGACGUUAUUCGCAAUUCGUCGCAUUCCGGGUUAGCGAGAUCCUGGACACCACGGAAAUGAAAGAGUGGAGAUACGUUCCAACAGAUCUGAACGUAGCUGAUGAUGGAACAAAAUGGAAAGGACUUCCUGAUUUGGCCCCGAAGGCGAGAUGGUUCAACGGCCCCGAGUUCCUACAGUACCUGGAAACAGAUUGGCCGCGUUCACCAACUAGAACGAAUUCCGUCAAUUUAGAACUUCGCCCUAGUGUAUUGACGCACUUCAUUGCCCCAGAGCCGAUAGUUAGCACGAGCAAAUUCUCCAGCUGGAAGCGAUUGGUUAAAGUGGUCGCUCUUGUUCAACGGUUUCCCGUCAACUGUAGGCUGAAGAAACUGCAGAAGCCAAUCGUGAGCGGACCAUUCUCCGACCGCGACAUAUCCUCCGCCGAGUCGUACCUAAUUCGUCAAGCCCAACAAGAAGCCUACCCGGACGAGAUAGCAGUUCUUCGGAAGCAGCAGCAGCAGCAGUGCUCGGACCAACCUUCGACUUCGAUUCCCAAGUCAAGUGUGCUGCACCAGAAAACACCCUGGAUGGAUCAGAAUGGGAUCCUGAGGAUGCGAGGACGUAUCGCCGCUUGUCAUUACGCGACCGAAGAUUCUAAGCAUCCUGUAAUACUUCCCCGUGACCACCCCACCACCAAGUUAAUCGUUGCACAAUACCACCAAAAAUACCACCAUCAGAAUCACGAGACCGUGAUCAAUGAGAUUCGCCAAAAGUACAGCAUACCUAAACUUCGCAUGACCUACACGAAAGUGCGAAGAGACUGCCAACGCUGUAAAAACGACCGAGUAAUUCCACGCCCGCCGAUCAUGGCUGACUUGCCGGCGGCACGACUUGCCGCUUUCGAACGCCCUUUCACCCAUACUGGCGUUGACUUCUUCGGGCCGUACGAGGUCAUCAUUGGCCGCCGAGUUGAGAAACGCUGGGGGAUGCUCGCUACUUGUCUCACGAUACGUGCGAUUCACAUCGAAGUCGUUCAUUCCCUCAACGCUGACUCGUGCGUCAUGGCAAUUCGGAACUUCGUGGCCCGACGAGGAAAACCACGAGUGAUCUAUAGCGACCGGUGCACCAAUUUCAUCGGAGCGAACCGGGAGAUGACGGAAGCGGAAAAGCUAGUGAGCCAAGAGGAGCUAAUGAAGGAGUUCAUCGAUGUCAACACGAGCUGGGAAUUCUUGCCUCCCUCUUCCCCGCACAUGGGUGGUAGCUGGGAACGCUUGAUCGGUUCCGUCAAAAAGAACCUGAUGGCGAUCCUACCAGCACGGAAGCUUUCGGACGAGGUCCUGCGGAACCUGCUCACCGAAAUAGAAGGCACGGUCAAUUCCCGACCGCUAACACACGUUCCAGUUGACGACGAUUCAGCUCCAGCCUUGACACCCAACCACUUCCUACUCGGGGCAUCCAAUGGAAUUAAGCCUCUCUGCACCCUCGAUGACAGCGGUGCCGUGCUGCGCCAAAAUUGGCGACUAUCUCAAGUCCAAACCAACCUGUUUUGGAAGCGCUGGGUAAGCGACUACUUGCCCGAGAUAACUCGCCGUACCAAGUGGUUCGUCCAUACGAAGCCGAUCGAGGUCGACGAUAUAGUGGUCAUAGCUGACCCGAAGAUGCCACGGAACUGCUGGCCGAAGGGCAGGAUCAUAUGUACCCAACCUGGACGAGACGGCCAACCCAGAUCAGCAACAGUUAGGACAUUGACCGGGAUCUACGAGCGUCCGGUAGCCAAGAUAGCCGUGCUAGACGUGCGGCGCGGAACGGAGUAA